AUGCUGACCUCCGUACGUGCCAGCUGCGUGGCUGCGCCCCUGAGGCGCAUCAAUGGCAUGCCUGGGCUUGUCAAGCCCGCUUGCGGUGCCAAGAUCGCAGCUAGGAGUCCACGGACGCUGGCCCGCGCAGAGCAGGACAAGGUGAGCAGCUCCGUCGACCAGGCGGCCGGGAAGACCAAGGACGCGGCGUCCGCUGCCGUUGACAGGGCCGUGGACACCGCGACCAAGCUCAGGGGCGCUCUGAACCAGGCCACCCUGGAUUUGGACAUCACACAGCUUGUGCGCUACAACUUCCUGGUGCAGCUCGUCCUGACCGCCAUAUCCUGGGCCGUGGUGUUCUUCACCGCCCACGCCUCCGCCAAGGGCCCUAGCCUGAACCCCGUGUCCUUCAUUCUGCUGAUCGGCGUGGCCCUCGCCGGCUACAGCACCUACCUCUCCUUUGUCUACCUGACCAGGAGUAAGAAGGAGGGCUUGGGGGCGCUGGACGGCUGGAAGCAGCUCAACGCAUUCUAUGAGCACGCCACCUUCAACUUUAUCGGCGCCGCCGCCGCGCUGCUCGCGCUCUUCGCCAACCUCGGCACGCUGAUGGUGUCGGCCAAGAGCAGCUUCUCGAUCGAGGUGCUGACGCAGGCGGCCAGCAACACGCUGGCGGCGCACCUGGUGUCCCUGGCGUUCCUGACGGUGCUCAUCCGCAAGAUCACCCAGGCAUACCAAAAGCUGGCGGACUGGAGCGCCCAGCUCGAGUCCCUCAAGGCCGCCAUGCCGAAGUUUGGCUGA